GCACCCGGAGGAGCCGAUGGUGCGGCCUCCCAGCACUCCACCCCCAAGACCCCCCGCGGGAGGCUGGGGCGGGGCCCACUCCUGAUCAGAGGUGCCCAGCCCUCGCCCCUUCUGGGCGGAGCUGGGUCGGACUGGGACCCGGCUCCUGCCUUCCCCUGAGGCGGACUUCCCCUGCAGCCCGCCAAUCCCGGAAGCCGAGGCUCCUGGGAUCGCUGGCUGUGCCAGGGCUGAGCCGCGAUUUACCGCCUUCUUCACGCUCAGCGCUGGUGCGAGGGUCCCCACAUCCAGCCAGCAACUGUAGAGCCCUCCUUUGAGAAGAGAAGACUGAACCCCAGUGUGAAAGAACGAGGCAAUGGCAGCUUCCAGUCUCCUCCUGCACACUGGGCAGAAGAUGCCCCUGAUUGGACUGGGCACCUGGAAGAGCAAUCCUGGCCAGGUAAAAGCAGCUGUGAAGCAUGCCCUGAGUGUGGGCUACCGCCACAUUGAUUGUGCUGCCAUCUACGGCAACGAGACUGAAAUCGGGGAAGCCUUGAAGGAGACUGUGGGGCCCGGCAAGGCGCUGUCCCGGGAGGAGCUGUUUGUGACUUCCAAGCUGUGGAACACUAAGCACCACCCCGAGGAUGUGGAGCCUGCCCUCCGGAAGACACUGGCCGACCUCCAGCUGGAGUAUUUGGACCUGUACCUGAUACACUGGCCUUAUGCCUUUGAGCGGGGAGAUGACCCUUUCCCUAAGAAUGCUGAUGGGACUGUCCGCUAUGACUUCAUUGACUACAAGGAGACCUGGAAGGCUCUGGAGGCACUGGUGGCUAAGGGGCUGGUGCGGGCGCUGGGCCUGUCCAACUUCAGCAGUCGGCAGAUUGAUGAUCUUCUCAGUGUGGCCUCUGUGCGCCCAGCUGUCCUGCAGGUGGAAUGCCACCCAUAUCUGGCUCAGCACGAGCUGAUUGCUCACUGCCAAGCACGCGGCCUGGAGGUGACUGCUUACAGCCCUCUGGGCUCCUCUGAUCGUGCGUGGCGUGAUCCUAAGGAGCCUGUCCUGCUUGAGGAUCCAGUGGUCCUGGCACUGGCUAAAAAGUAUGGCCGGUCUCCAGCCCAGAUCUUGCUCAGGUGGCAGGUCCAACGAAAAGUGAUCUGCAUCCCUAAGAGUGUCACGCCUUCCCGGAUCCUUGAGAACAUCCAGGUUUUUGACUUCACCUUUACUCCAGAAGAGAUGAAGCAGCUGGAUUCCCUGAAUAAAAAUUGGCGAUACAUCGUGCCCAUGCUUACAGUGGAUGGGAAGAAGGUCCCAAGAGACGCAGGACACCCUCUGUACCCCUUUAAUGACCCGUACUGAAACCACAGCUUCCUUUCCAUCUCUCCAGCUGUGAGGCACUGCCACCCCCAGGAAGAUUUAAUAAACCCAUUGAAACAUCUA